AUGAGUGUUUCUAUGGUUGUUAUAGUGGCCACUCAAGAGGUUCCUUAAGGACUACUUGGAGAGGGCACUAAAGUGGCCACUAAAACUUCAAAACCCUAAAGUGCCCACUAAAAGUUUCUCAGAGUGUCAUCAGUUUCCGUGGCCGAAAGAGGGGAAAAGCUCUCUUGGCAACCUUCCCCCCAUACUCCUAUGGAAGGCUUCCGCAGCCGCUCAUUAACGCUCACCGGGCAAAGGAGGAAGGGAGCAAGGUCGCUCUCUCGCACACGCACACACACGGGCUCAGCCAAAAAUACGCUUUCUGCCUUGUCAACGGCGCAACGUGA